AUGCCUCAGUAUUCUGAAGAUAAACCAUCAGUGGGGGAAUGUCGUGUGAUGUUACCAGACAAAUCAAUUUCUCUGAAUUGUAAAAAUCAGAGUGCAAUAAAUAGCACAUGUGACGUGCUAUCUGAAGAUAAUGACAAAUUAAGUCAACAGUUGCGAAAUGAAGAAAUUGAAAUUUUUAGCCCUGAAACACAUCCUGAAUAUUUUGUACCAGUUGCUCCCGAUGGUGGUUGGUCAUGGAUUGUCUUACUGGCCACAUUCCUUAAUUUUUUUCUGAUUGAUGGCAUCUUCUUUUCUGUUGGUCUUUUAAUGGUUGAAUGGGCUGAUCAUUUUGAAGCUUCAAAAACCAAGGUCUCAUUAGUUAGUUCAUUAAUGUUGGGGUGUUAUCAAAUGAUUGGUCCUUUUGCCGCAGCACUAACAAACAAAUUUGGUUGUCGAACAGUCGCUCUUUUUGGAUGCGCUCUGGCAUCUGUGUCGAUUUUUAUUAGCUCUUUAAUGCCUACCGUAGAUGCUUUAAUCAUUACUUUUGGAAUAUUAGUUGGUUCUUCAUUUGGAUUAAUUUAUUUACCAGCACUAAUUGCGGUUAGUUUCUAUUUCAACAGAAAACGUGAAUUGGCUAGUGGUAUAGCUGUCGCUGGAACACCUUUCGGGGCUGUGAUAUUUGGACCUCUAGCAGGUUACUUAAUUCAGUUAUAUGGAUGGUCAUGUACAUUGAUAUUCUUCUCUGCAUUUAUACUUCAUGGUAUUAUUCUAUCAUGUCUUUAUCGUCCAUUGAAACCGAUGCAUAAAUUUGAAAUGUUAGAUUUAUCUAAAGAGACUAAUGAAUCUAUUGUUAAUUUAGUUGAUGAAAUUCAAAGUAAUUUAAUGAUAGCAUCAAAUACAUUUAUUAAAUCAAAUCAAUUUAUCAAUUCAUCAAAUCGUAUUGGUCAAACUUUGUAUAAAUUAGAUGAAGGAAAUGAAGAAAACGAACAACAACAACGAAAAAACAGUUUGAAUAUUGAAGCUGGUGAAAAUUUAAAAAAGAAACAAUCUAUACAUGAGAAGAAAUUACAUAAAUUGAAUCCAUGUGAAGGGGAUGUACAGAAGUGUACAGAUGAAAAGAAAGAAGCAAUGAGCGAAAAUCCUAAAUUAUCAGAAUUAACAACUGUUCAUGGUCAAACAAUAUCAGAACAAGUCGAUAAAAGUUUGGUUGACCCAAGUAGCUUAAUUAACCCGUCAUCAUCAUCAUCAGCUGAUCAACCUUCUUCCCUGGUACCCAAUGCUAUUAAAUUACCUUCAGUUUCUAAUGAUCGUGCUAUUUCCAUACAGGAAAAUGAAUUAUCGCCAGAAUCUGUCGCUGAGAAACGGAUAAAUACAUCGGAUCAAAAGCAAAAUCUCACAGCUGAUCAACCAAUAAUACGCAAUGGUAGAUCACAAGAAACUAAUUCAACUUCCUAUGUUUUUUCUACACCAUGUUUAAGCGUUAAUAAUUCAACUUAUGAUGGACAGACUAGUAAUAAAGCCAAUAAGUUUUUCCUUGAUGUUUAUAAUAGAAGGAUUAUAAAUCCCUUAAGAAAUAAAAAAUUACUACAUCCUACUACUGCUACUACUGUAUCAAGACGACGUCAUCUUUCGCAUAAUUUAACUCCAAGUAUUCCAACUAUUGUAGAAGAUCAAGAAUUAACUAAAUCUAGUGGUAAUAAUAAACUUCAUGUUAAUUUAGCUGGUCAAGAUUUUAGUUCUGCCAUAACUGUUGCAAAUUUGGGACGUGAUAAACGUCGAAUAUCUGUGGAUCCAAAUUUAAUCAAUUCAAGUCUUAUUCAUAGUUCUAUUGCAAGUGUAUUAACUACUUAUCAUCCACAAAAAUUAGAACUUCGAAAAAUGGAUUCUAAACCUGUUCUAGUUGCACUACCUCAUGAAUCUAUCACUAUUGAAGAUUAUUCAAGACCUCUUUAUCGAAGUGAUAUAUUUUUCAGAGGUAAUCCAAUGCCACAAAUACCUAAUGAAUAUUAUUCAACAAUUACUAAAAUGAAAUCAACUGGAGAUGUUGAUAGAAAAGUGCAAAACAAAUUAAAUGAUAUAUAUCGUAUGACUAAUUCAUGUUUAACAGUUCCGUUAAAUGAUACUAUCGAUCAUAGUCAUGUUGAUGGUUCUUAUGGUACACUUAGUGAUGGUGAUGAACAUGAGUCAGGAUUUUGUAAGUCACAAUCUAACUGGAUAGAAUCAAUGAUUGUCUCAUUAACUAGUAUACCUUUACCAAAUGAUGACCAUAGAGGUCUUCUGUUACCAUCAGCUAAACAGAGUUUAAAUGAAAAACUACAUAAAAGUUUUCCUGAUUAUGAUAGUAGAAUUCAUGAUGAAACCGGUGGUGAUGGUAAUGUUCGUCAUGAAACCUAUGCUGAUGAUGUUGAUCAUGGCGACGAUGAUAAUACUGAUCAUGCUAGUGUAAUGGAUGAUAUUUGUUUAUGUGGUUUUUGUCUAACUGGUAUUCGACGCCUCCGUGAUUGUCGUUCAUGUUCUUCAUUGUUUUAUUCACAAAAAUUACCGGAUUGUUGCCCGUGUUUUCUCGUUAAACAAAAACAAAUCUAUAAACGUGUAAAUAAAGAAUUUCCUAAUCAACAUGAAGCUGAUAUUAUGGAUGAGUUAAAUAUAAAUGAUUUUAAUGAUUUAUCCAAAGUUACAAGAUACACUCGUCUUAUUCAAUGCUGUAAAUGUGUUUCUUUAAAACCUAUACUGGAUGUAUUAGGCACUAUGUUAGACUUAUCAUUAUUAUUCAAACCCAAAUAUUUAAUACUGUGGAUUUCUAAUUUAAUUGGUUUAUUGGGUAUGUAUGUUCCAUUGAUUUAUGUUAGUGAUUUCGCGUCAGUUUAUGGCAUAUCUACUAAACUGUCAUCUUAUUUUUUAUCGAUUAUGGGUGUUUCAAGUAUUAUUGGACGAUUACUUGUUGCGUGGUUAAGCAGUUUAUCAUUUGUUUCUCCAUUAAUUUUACAAUCUAUUACACAAUUUUUACUUGGAUUACUUGUAUGUUUAAUGCCUGUUUUUACAACGUUUGUCGGUAUGGCUACUUCAUUUGGAUUCUACGGUUUUUUAAGUGGUGUAUUUUCCACUCUUAGUACAAUUAUAUUAUAUGAUUUAGUUGGAAUGGAUGAACUUACUACAGCUGUUGGUUUAAUAACAUUAAGUCGUGGUAUAUCCAGUGUAUUGGGUGCUCCAUUAGCUGGUAUGUUAAUUUCAUCUUUGAUUUGUAAGAUAUUCUCAGAAAUUUUGAAAUAUGUAUGA